UGUUUCCCCAAUGUUUCCGGCAACAUGUGUCCUCGUUUGGCCAGGGCCUUAUAAGAAAGCGCUUGCAUACCCUAUGGUUAUCAUCUGGCGUGGCUACCAAGUAAACAAUAUGGCGGACCUAUAUUCUAUAACUUUGGUCAAAUACUAUUUUGUCUGUUAAUAUUUUUGGUUUUGCUGAAAGAUAUGGGAAAACAUAAAGGAGGAGGAAAGAGAGCAGAUCAGAAGAAAGAUCACAGAAGUAAAUUUAACAAAACAUCGAAGUUUGAGAAGAAAUGGUCAGAUCAAGAUGGCGGUUCAUUUCCAUCAAGACACGAAUUCGAGGAUGAUAGUGAAGCAAGUGCUGGAGAGAAGACUUUUGGUCGCGGAUUCCCAUUUCCUCUGGCUAUGUGGGACUUGGAACAUUGUGAUCCUAAAAAGUGUUCUGGAAAAAAGCUUGCUAGGCUUGGUUUUGUCCAGACGCUCAGACUCUCUCAUUCUUUUACUGGCCUGGUCCUAAGUCCAGUGGGUACACAGUGUGUGUCUCCAGGGGACCGUGGUAUUGUUGAGAGCCAUGGGAUCGCUGUGAUUGACUGCUCAUGGGCCAAACUGGAGGGCACGCCCUUCAAGAGGAUGCGUGGCAGCUUUCCACGAUUGCUACCAUAUCUUGUUGCUGCUAACCCUAUCAAUUAUGGACGUCCUUGCAAGCUGUCUUGUGUUGAGGCUUACGCUGCUACCUUGUAUAUUACUGGAUUUGAGGAGCUUGGACUGUUUAUCUUGAAGAGAUUCAAGUGGGGACCAACAUUCUAUGAUCUCAAUAGGGAGCUUUUAGAACUUUAUGCAGCAUGUAAAAACAGCAAGGAGGUUGUUGAGGUGCAGCAAAACUGGCUUGACAAGUGUGACAAGGAGCGGGCAAGGUCCAAGGAAAGUUCAGAUGACUUGAUGGACAUUGAUAUGGACAAGGAACACUUUAAUCCCAACAGAACAGUACCAUCAGCCGGUCUAGACUAUCCUAGUGACUCUGAAGAUGAUGAUUGUGAUAAAAGCAGUGAUGAUGAACAUGCACAUGAUACUCAUGGUGAAAAUAAAGAUGAUGUAGUCAAUGAUGGAGAUGCUGACGCUGUUAUAUGUGGUGACAGUGAUUAUGAUAAUGAUGAUGAUGACAAUGAUGAAGGAGAUGCUGACAACGCUGACAAAGUUAUAUGUGAUGAUAAGGAAAACGAAAGUGAUGACAAUGGAAAUGAUGAUGAUGGUAAAGACAAGAAGAAGUAUGGUUGCAAUGAGCAGACUCAAAGUGAACAACAACUAGUAGGAAGACUUAAGAAUGUUGAUACUGUUGCUGAUGGUGAUCCAUGCCGAUCAUUUAAAGACACAGGCUUUACUGCCAACAGCUGUGGUGGUACUACAUCAAGGAACAAUCCAGAAGGAACUGGAAAUUCCGAAAAUGGAGAACUCAACACCCCAGAAUACCAACAUAAAGACGUAGAAGCUAUAGACACCUUAGCCGAAUCAGUUCACACAAUAAACAUGUAGGUAAAAAAAAUACGCGAAAAUGAGUUUGUCUUGUAGACAAUAUUAUUUCAGAAAUAUAAAGUAGAAAUCUGGAAGAUUAUAAACCUGAUGACCUAAAGCUUUUACUUUUCCUUAUAGGAAAGGAAAGUAUUUAGACUAUAAAGUGGAAAACAGG